GCCCUUCGCAAUCUGUCUCGAGGAAGGAUAAACAAAACCUUCUUAACCGUGCGCCAUCGAAGAUUGUGAGUUCUCUGUCCAUUCUAGCGCCUUGAUUGACGGGACAUUAAUCAUGUUCGCUUCUUCUCUCCUGUUCUGUACCAAGCUCCCUACCCACAACCCUGCAACCGCAACUAGUGCGCCGUAUAGAGCACAUCACCAGCUAGCCACCUCGUGUGCACGACUCUGUCUGAGACAAUGGUCCCUGGUAACGAUGUCGCAACACAGCGCUGCAACGCCACGGCAGCCACGCGCAGCGGCGAGCCGUAUGUCGAAGAAGCUUUCCUAUUAAGCAC